AUUUUGUUUAAAAUGGAACAUGAAAUAGGUUUCUGUUUUACUGGAGCAAAGCAGGCGAUGAUAGCUUUAACAGAAGUAAAAAGAUUCUCAAGCGUGAAAUUCUGUUCAGGAUAAAUCCGUAAUUACGCCAAGCAAUGUGCAUCAAAAGGAUGAAUGUCAGUUUCUUUACUAAUUCAUUGUGCAAAACGAUUUUAAAUAUUUUUUGGGAGUAAAACGUGCAUGAAAAAGGCUUCCUUCAGCGAAAACGUUUUUUCCAUGAUAUGGCUAACUUAUUAUAAAUGGAAAUAGGCUACACCCGUCCAUACCGCACAGGACAUAGGCUGGUACUGUGCCAGCCUAUCGGUGAACAUCCUGAAAUUAUUUACCAACAAUAUAACAUGCAGUCGAACAAUAUUAUGUAAGGCAUUUAAGCGGAAGGCAUUCGUAAACCUCUUAUCUAGUUGAUCUAGUGCGUUAUUACGCGCUCCACUGAGUGUCUUCGUUGGCCAGUAAUCGUUCCGUGGCGGCAGCACGGUUAACUGUCAAUUGCAUGACUUCAGGUCCGUUCAAAAUACACUUGGCUCUGUUCUCUGUUUGCAAGACUGCAGGUAAAACCUCAGGCUGACUGUCAGGUGGCGGAAUACUUAGGCUACGUAUGACCAUGCACUGAAUGCACGUGAUGCAACGGUUGUUACAAUAAAUAAACGGUACAUAUUAAAAUUCAGAAGAUGGGUCUUUGUGAUAUUGUAGUAGACCUACACAAAUGUAAAUUUAAUAUUGUUUCGGCAAUAUAACAGAUUUAGUUUAGGAACGGUCAGCAUAAAAAUCAAAUAAUUGCACCUUUGCAAAUGCUUGCAAUUAAACGGCAAUGACGACUGCACGGUAUGUGCCAUUUCCCCAAAUAUAAUGCUACGUACAGUUUAUGUUCGUUAUACUUCACAGCUUUGCUUACAUAUACUGUAUACCUACUGUAUGGGCUGUCCGCACGAGCGACUGCGUUCCCCUUUUUCUUCCCAAACUGCGAGAGUAAAAGUAAAACUAAAAUCUCCCCCAAAACCCCGAUUGGCUGGUGAAUGCUCAGUGGCGUCCAAUGAAAAUAAGCCCUUCCUAUUUUCGCCUUGUACAGCACAUGUUUCAGCACGAAAUGUUUCUUGCUGCUAUGGUUACUGGUUAUGCCCCGUCGGUAGGCUGAUUUUGAGAGUGAUUGGUGAGCCAGGAAAGGGUUAAGGAGGAGUAGCUUAUCUUCACGUUGGCUAAAGACUGUCUGCACAUCACAUAUGAGCCGUCUACUUGUGUCCCGGGCACAUUUAUUUCCAUGUGGUCUUUGCAGAGGGAGGUGCACGCCGCUGCAGAGUUCUCCAGAACUUUUCACGAAUGUUAAUAAGUAUUGCCGUUAUUAUUCUAGAACGUAUCCUAUAGAGUUUAUACCAUUAACAAAUACCGUCUUUUGGAUUGCUUGAAAAGGAAGGGACAAUAUUUAACGAACCCAUAAUUGCCAGUGCGCGAGUUGGUGCAUUUUACACGUGAGUUGGGAGCUGUUCUGUUUGGAGACGCGCGUGCGCUCUGGUUACACACAAACUGGUUGCAAAGUGACCGCAGAGACGAACUGGUUGUCAUUCUAAAGUACUGCACCAGUGGAUGUAGACCAACUGCUCAAUAUCCCCCUAAACGCACUUGCAAGCAGGAAAGUUAUGGAUGAAAGAAUAUCACGUCUGCAAGAGAGGCAAUUGCUGGACCACGCGGAUUUUCUUGGGGUCGAAUAUUCAUCGCUCUACAUGUGCAAAUCAAAAAGAGCCAUGAAGAGAGAGGAGAGCAAGCGUGUUUGUUUUUUUCAUCAACAGGAAGCUUACAAGUUACCUCACAGAUUAAUAGAGAAGAAGAGGCGAGACAGGAUUAACGAAUGCAUCGGACAGUUGAAAGAUCUGUUGCCCGAACAUCUGAAAUUGACGACGUUGGGGCAUUUGGAGAAAGCUGUUGUUCUCGAGUUAACUUUGAAGCAUUUAAACACCCUGACCGCUGUCACGGAGCAACAGCACCAGAAGAUCGUUGCAUUGCAGAGCGGAGACCGAUCGAUGAAAGCCGCCAUUCAGACUGAUUUAGAUGCUUUCCAUUCUGGCUUUCAAACCUGUGCAAAGGAAGUAAUGCAGUACCUCAGCAGGUUCGAGAACUGGACUGCGAGGGACCAGAGAUGCACGCGGCUCAUUAAUCAUUUGCACAAAGUUUCCGCGCAGUUUUUGCCCAGCGCGCCGCUUCUGUCGCACCAGCCAUCUGAGGGCAAAAGCGCCGCCACAGCACAAGAGCCCGACGGCCAAAAAGCGGAAAGCCAAGCCAACUGCGUACCAGUCAUUCAGAGGACACACAACGGAGAGCUUAACGAGAACGACACCGACACCGACAGUGGAUACGGCGGCGAAGCGGAGAAAUACGACGGGAAAUUUGACAAAGAAUAUAAAUCGCAAGGACCCAAAUCGGUCAAAAUCAAGCAGGAAUUUGGGGACGACCAUCCUGCGAAAAAAACCAAAAUAGACUCGACAGGUAUUGGGAUGGGAAGCCCGGAUCUGACAAACAGACCGGACGUGGCUCUGCUGAACUCGCUGAUGGGACUAGGAGGUGUUUCUGUCGGACAGCAAGCGCCCUUCUGCAUGCCAUUCUAUUUCAUUAACCCCUCCGCCGCAGCCUCCUAUAUGCCGCUGUUCGACAAAUCCAAUUUAGAGAAGUAUUUCUACCCAGGUACCGCAGCAGUGGCCAACCCGUUCCCCUUGCUUUACCCCGGACUCCCCGCGCAAGCAGCCGCGGCUGCAGCAUUUCCCGGCUUGUCAUCCGCGCUGUCGCUGGAUAAACGGUGCGUGUCGGCUCCCCUCUCUCAGAAUAGCGAGUCAGCACCUCCAGACUUUGACUCCUCGAACGAAUCGUGCUCACCUGCGGCAAACGAGGACAGUUUGGAUGACGAAAACCCAGACGAGUCCCCAGAGACGGAAAACGGAUCGACAUAAAGAGCCAGCUGGCAAAAAAAAAAACUUUCUGCUCGUCAAAUCGCGACAUGUGUCUGUCUUUUCUUUGCGUAUUUAAACUAAACGAACAGAAGAACGUUGCUGUUAAUAUUGCUUUAUUUUGACGGUUCGUUCGGCGUUAGUGUUUUACGGAAAAUGCUUAUUCGCGUUUAAAUAGGACAUUGAGUGUAUUCAUUUCAUGUAAAACAAUAUACAUUUCAUGUAAAACAUAGACCCAAAGCUUUAUAUGAGCCUGUUGUGUUGGUUAGCCUUGGCUUGAUAGGUGAACCCUUUUAGAGCGCUUAUAAUGUCAUAAUGUUUAAAGAAUGCUUUGACCUGCGGAUGUAACGCCUACUCCUCAGACAUUGUGGCUCUGACGCGUGCGUCCCUUAUGGACCUGUUCUCCUGCACACAAAGAUGCUCACGUAGACGAUACGUUAAGAAAAAACGGCGCAAGGUACAAUGGCACCUUAAUUGAAUUUUGAUAUUGAAUGUAACUUUUUUAGAAUAUGGAGGUGUAAAUGAUAAAAUGCCAGGUGUUUUGCUCUUUGCAAGGUGAAGUGCACUUGUUCUUUGCUUAGACCCAUGUCCCCACCCAUUCCUGAUAUAGUUCAAGCACUGUAUCCAAAUUUGGAUAUAUUUUCAUAUAUACAUCUAAUAAAUUAAUAGGCAGUAGUCUUAGAAGAGACCCUUUCUGUGUGUGUGAGUGUGUGUGAGAGAGAGAGAGAGUGUGUGUGUGUGUGUGUGUGUGCGUGCACACACAUUUGUAUAUCUGUUAUGUUGCCGUACUCAAACAUACGUCAAACACCAAACUAAACAUUGUUUCAGCCACAGGGCAGAAACCUACCCAGAACCACUGUGCUUCUGUCAGAAGAAAAUUUUUUAACAAAUUUGACAAAUUUAAGCGAGGAAUUCGGCUACUGAAACCGAAAAAUGGCUCCCCAGUGUUGGGAAAUAAAUUCCAUCCAGUUUUCCUUGUGUUCCUACAUUCCCUUACCAGCCCCGUGCACAAAUGUUUACAACUACUGGGGACUGAGUUCAUCGUUUACGCCAUUGUGGAAUGUUACAAAUUUAAAAUGGAGUAGAUUCAGGUGUCCGCCUGGCAAAGCACUGCUCACAAGUGGUGUCCUUUAAAAAAUUUUGGCUCGUAACAGAAGCGAUUCGGUUUUCAAACUGGGGGGGAAGGCGGGCACGUCACACUUGAGCACCGUCCCAUACCCGUUUCCCAAAUUCAAGACUUUAGAUCCAUUUUUAAAGGAAAAUUUUAUUUCGGUAAGACAUUCCGUGAGGUGUUGAGAGGCACAGUGGCUCAGUUUGAGCAUUUUCAUGAGAAUGUUCAAGAGAGGAGACAAUCUCAUAAAGAUUAUGGUCUUUAAAUAACUAUAUAUACAAUUAUUUAUAUAUACUGUAUGUAUAUACGUUCAUUUUUUAUAUUCAAUGCUGCUCUUAGCUGUUUUGCCUCAAAUGCGCUGCAUUUCCAGUUGUGAUAUUGCCUAAAACAGUGGCCCGUUUGUGUAAAUAUUUUUUGUCAAACAUACAUUAUAUGAUGGAACUUAUGUCAAAUGUUAUUGUAGAAGAAAUGUGUGGAUUUUUCAAGGAUUUCUCAGAUUGAUGCACUUUUUGUUAGUGCUUGAAGCGUAACCUGUCUGAAAUUGUUUUAAGAAAAGUUCUAAAAUAAAUAUCAGUGAGAAAAUUA